AUGCAGCGACCUGACUUGCCGGACUUAACGCUGGUGGAUCUGCCAGGAAUCACAUAUGUUCCUAUCGAAGGCCAGCCAAAGGACAUUUACGACCAGGUUAAGGCAAUGAUCAUGCAUUACAUUACUCCAGAAGAGAGCGUCAUUCUCAACGUUAUUCCGGCUGAAGUGGAUUUCACUACAUGCGAAUCCAUUGUCAUGUCGCAAGAGGUUGACGAAGAUGGCGAUCGCACCUUAGCUGUCGUCACCAGGGUCGACCGGGCUCCUGAUGGCCUUUACAAGAAGAUUCAAGGAAAUUCGGUGGGGAUCGGGCUUGGCUACGUGUGUGUCAGGAACAAGACUGACGCUGAUGCUUCUUACGAGGAUGCAAGAAAGGCAGAAGACGCCUGUUUCAACAACCAUCCGGAAUUGUCCCAGAUCGAGUCCCAUUCUCGUGGCAUUCCAGCCCUGGCUCAACGCCUGACAGAACUUCAAGCCAAGAGGGUGGCAGACAGCAUCCCAAGGAUCCGACAGGCUAUCCAGAAAGCGCUUGCUGCGAAGGAGUCUGAGUUGCAGACCAUUCCGCCUGCAGCCACCUCAAACGCUGCAGCGCUGGGAAUAGUUUCUUCAACGAUUCAGAAGAGACGGGACAUGAUGAGUGGUGUCAUCAAUGGGAAGUAUGGCCCUUUUCAGAGCGAAAAUGCCUUGCACUAUGCUGCCAGGCUGCACGAGAAGUUUAAUGAGUUUGAGGCUAAGAUGCGGAAGGUUCUCCCAGACUUCCUUGGAACCAACUACUCUGAAAGGUGUAAGGAGGCUCUGAAAGAGGUGGCUGGGGUUUCGCUCCCGAAUGUGCUGGAUCAGGCUAUGGUGAAGCAGCUCGUUCAGGAGGUGGUGGACAGCAUUGAAGUGCCAUGCCUGCUGCUGGUGAAUGACUGCUUCUCGUAUGCAACCGAAGUGCAGCAGGGUGUGGCAUCACGUGUUUGCGGGGUGUACCCUGGGCUGAACAACCUGGUUCAUGUCCAAGGUCUCAACGUUCUGAGGGAGGCUAAGGAGUCAGCGAGCCGUUUUGUUCAGGACAUGCUGACAAAGGAGAAGCGGGUCAUUUUCACAAUCAACCAUUACUACAUGGACACUGUUUCCAAAGUCCAUGUGAAGAUCGCUGAUUUCAAGAAAGCAAAGUCAUCUGCCCCAAAUCCGGCAUACUACGUCCAGGUUCCCUCUGUCAAAGAUUUCGCUUCCAGCACUGCUUCACUCGCCAACUUGAUAAGCAAUGAUGACCAGGCUGCGAGGGAUCUCCAGGUCAACAUGUUUUCGUAUGCCAAGGUGAUGCAUAAGAGGUUGUGUGAUGUGAUCCCCAUGGAGAUACGGAUGCGCUUUGAGACUGCCCUUUUGGAUGGCACUGAUGACGCUGUAUGGCAGAAUAUUCAUGUUGGGGACAUUUCCAAGCUUGCAGCUCUCAAACCGAUAGAUGAGCAACGUAGGGUUCGAUUAGAGGAGAGCAUCAAACGGUUGAAGGCAUCUGAAGCCACUCUGCUGGGCCUCACAAUUGAUGUUCCUAGACUGCUAACCUAG